AUGGUCCCCGACGGAAGCCGGUUCGACUUUGUCGUCGUCGGCGGCGGCACGGCCGGCAACACGGUGGCCGGGCGACUCGCAGAAAAAGCCGGCGUCCGCAUCCUCAUCAUCGAGGCGGGCCCGGGCAACCCGGAGGACGUGGCCGACAUCACGACGCCGUCGGCGGCCAUGGACCUGCGCGGCAGCCAGUACGACUGGGCCUACAAGUCGACGAUUGUGCGCCGCGACGACUACGAGCGCAUCGAGAAGCCCAACACGCGCGGCAAGGUGCUCGGCGGCAGCUCCGCCCUCAACUACUUCACCUGGGUGCCCGGCUGCAAGGCCACCUUUGACCGCUGGGGCGAGUUUGGCGGCGACGCCUGGACCUGGGACCGGCUGCUGCCGUAUCUGCGCAAGAGCGCCACCUAUCACGACGACGACGGCCUCUUCCCGCCCGACCUGGCCAAGAUUGGGGCCGGCGCCGGGCCGAUCCACGUGUCGCACGCCCAAGCGCUGCCCGAGAUGGCCCGGUUCCGCGAUGCCCUCACCAAGGCGUGGACGUCGCGCGGCGAGCCCCUGUGCGAGGAUGUCUAUGACGGCAACUUGAGCGGCCUCACGCAUUGCGUCGAUUCCAUUUACGCCGGCAAGCGGUCCGGGAGCUUCCUCUUCCUCAAGGACAAGCCUGACAUCACCCUCGUGCACGGCGUUCAGUCGAAGCGGCUCAUCAUCGACGGCGACGACAAGACAUGCAAGGGCGUCGUCGUCGUCGACGCAGACGGGACCGAGCACAGCUUCUUCGCCACACGCGAGGUCAUUGUGUCCCAGGGUGUCUUCGAGACGCCCAAGCUGCUGAUGCUCAGCGGCAUCGGCCCCUCGAGCGAGCUGGGCCGGCACGGCAUCGACGUCGUCGUCGACUCCCCCCACGUGGGCCAGAACCUGUCGGACCACCCGGCCGUGCCGUUUGUGCUGCGCGUCAAGGACGGGCUCGGCAUGGACGACACGCUGCUGCGGCCCGGCGCGGCCCGCGACGCCGCCGUGGCCGCCUACCGCGACGACCGAUCAGGUCCGCUGGGCUCGGGCCUGCUGGAGCUCGCCGGCUUCCCGCGCAUCGACGCCUACCUGGAGCGCGACGCGGCGUACCGCGUGGCCAAGGCAGCCAACGGCGGGCGCGACCCCUUGUCGCCCGAGGGCCAGCCGCACUUCGAGCUCGACUUUGUGUGCAUGUUUGGCAGCGCCUUCCAGUGGCACUUCCCCGUGCCCAAGCGCGGCAGCUACACGACCGUCGUCGUGGACCUGGUGCGGCCCGUGUCGGCGCCGGGCACGGUGACGCUGCGCAGCGGCGACGCGGGCGAGCAGCCGGACAUCAACCUCAACUUCUUCGCCGACGACCUCGACAUCGUGGCCAUGCGCGAGGGCAUCCGCUUCAGCUACGACGUGCUGACCAAGGGCGACGGCUUCCGCGACCUCGUCGAGGCCGAGUACCCCUGGGACAUGCCGCUCGACUCCGACGCCGCCAUGAAGCGCGCCGUGCUGGACCGCUGCCAGACGGCCUUUCACCCGUGCGGCACGGCGCGGCUGUCGCGGAGCGUCGAUCAGGGCGUCGUGGACGCUCGGCUCAGGGUGCACGGCGUCUGGGGGCUGCGCGUCGUCGAUGCGUCGGUGAUCCCCGUGAUUCCCGACUGUCGCAUCCAGAACUCGGUCUACAUGGUGGGCGAGAAGGCGGCGGACAUGAUCAAGGAGGACCAUGCCGAUCUGUUUCAGUGA